UUUCACGACGCGCAAUGGGAUCUUCCAGCUCCGAUAGUGAACCGGAACGCCGACAGCGAAAGCACAAAAAGAAGGAGAAAAAAUCCAAAAAGUCCAAAAAGGAGAAGAAACACAAGAAAGAAAAGAAACACAAGCACCACAAGCGGCGACACUCGUCCUCCGAGAGCACCGGCAGCGAGAGUGAUGCGUGGAUGGAGGCACUGCCGGCCAAAGGCCAACCGAGUACGGCCGGUGAAACGAAACCCCCGCAGCAGCAGCCAGCGGCAAAACUGGAGCGGGAUGAUUGGAUGAAUUCCAUGCUCAUCCCAACCUACAGCAGGGAACCGAAGAAGGAGGAGAAGAAAGCGGCCACAAGCGCCCAGUACGAUCCCUCGACGAGCGUCAGAGAGCUGAACCCGCACUGGAAGAACGGUGGGAGUGGAUUGCCCAGUUUUCGGAAACCAGCCCACGAUGACGAUGACGGUGACGACUAUUACGACAGCCGGCCACUGAAGAGCGAACCGAAGCAGAGUGCCGGAUUCGUGGCCAGCGGAGGGUGGAAAAAGAAAGACGCCCCACAACAGCAUGACCGGGUGCACGAGAAGCAUACCGUAAAGGUGAAGGAAGAGGCCUCUCCUUCGCAGAAUCAAGGCGCGGCAUCCGACGAACGACCCCUUACGGACGAACAGUUGAACGAUUUGGGCGCUAAACUGAUCAAAGCGGAACUGUUGGGUAACGAGGAGUUGGCGGAAAGCUUACGGAAGAAGUUGCAGAGCGCCAAAGCUUACCGUGUUGAAGUGCAAGCCAAGAAACCACAAGAAGCAGCGGUCCAGAAGCGCCGAUCGAACGAUCAAGAAUCGAUCACUUACACCGUCAGCAGGGCAGCCAGCGAAACGCAGCGAAGUAACGCGAAAAAACAGAAACGAUAUCAACAAAACCUUCCACCAGGACCGGACCUUGCGGAUAAGUUCCGUUCGGAGCGGCACGAGAACGCCAACAUGGAUGCACAGUUCUUUAAGGUGUCCGCCAAGAUGGGUGACGGCAAGCGGUUGGAAAACAUAUUCGACCACCAAAAGGCGUCGGCGGCUGAUCCGGGGGCGAGCGAGGAACGGUCGGUGCAGGAGAUGAACCAGAUGAGCAAAGCGCAGACAGACUGCUCACGGUGCCUAAACUCGGACCGAUUUGCGCACGAGCAGCUAAUCUCGAUGGGUAAAAACGUGUUCCUCAGCAUACCGAGCUGGAGGGCACUGCAGCCAAGACACUGCUUCAUCGUGCCCGUUGGCCACUACCCUUGUCUGACGCAAGUGGACGAAGACGUCCACCGGGAGAUCGUGGACGUGUGCCAGGCGCUGGUGCAAAUGUUCCGAAAGCACCAGAUGGAGGUGGUGUUCUUCGAAACGGUCCGCUACCUUAACCGCAACCCGCACAUGUACAUUCAGUGUGUUCCGGCGAAAAACUACGAAAUGGCACCAUUCUACUUCAAGAAAGCUAUCCUCGAGUCGGAAACCGAGUGGGCCAUGAACAAGAAGCUGCACAACGUGGACGGACUCAACGUGCGGCGCACGAUACCGAAGGGCCUACCGUACUUUUGGGUUAAUUUUAAUCUUGAAAACGGUUUUGCCCACGUCAUCGAGGAUCAAGAAGAGUUUCCCGUCACCUUUGCGACGGAAACCAUCGCAGGAAUCCUUGGACUGGACACACGGGACUGGCGAAAGCCCCGGAAGGAGAUAAAUCCGGCGCAGAAGGUUGCAGAGUUCAAGCGAUGGUGGCAAGAGUUUGACAGUGUGCUGAUCAAAGAAUAA